GGUUAGAGCAACUGAAGGUCAUCCUAUUAGUCGCUCAGGUCAGAUCUGAGACUCAGGUUUGUAUGGUAAGGACAUAACCCCUACAGCCUAUGUUAGUGCCUUUCUAGAAAGCUGCUGAGAGUGUCUAGUCUUCCUUUGGAUGAGUCAUUUGAAGAGGUGGACACCACUUCGGGUAACAGGUCCCGAAAAUUGAUGGACUUCCACGGGUAUCUACCCUCUGUACUUUUUUGGUGCAUACAAGUCAUCUUCCAAACAGGGGUUUAAAGCCUAAACGCAGUUUUCAAGUUUGCAUCUCAUUAAGGUUAUGUAUACUGUAAUGAACAUAUUAGUAUCCAACUUGGCAAAUGUCCGUCUUAGAGCCUAUGUUGUUGUAAACCUCUUAGCUGCAAACACGCUCUAGUGGGCCGUAGUCUUAAGAUCAUGGUUCAUUGUUAUCCCAAUAUAAUUGUGAGACCGAACUGCGGAAGUGACACUUCACCUAUGCUGCAUCUAUUAACCGUUAUGUCCGCAAUUUUACAUGUAGACACACUUGGCCUCGUUGGUAGGCAUGCCACCGUCUAAUUUAGUUUUGAGAUUUCAUAUUAACUUAUAGGAUUCUGGUUAAGUUCACAAAACACAUGUGCAUUAUGUACUCAAAGUAACUAGUGUCCAUUUUAUUUGUUUAUUUAUUUGAACACAAACAUUGGUACAAGGAGAUACCAAAUAGAUAUGCGCCACACCACCGUUUGAUUUGUAUGGGGGUUGGGACACUGUUUGGUUGCUCAAACCGAAGCAGGUGGUUUUAUCAAUUGGCCUCUCCUCCAGCCUCUGACCUACAGAUCUAACCCACAAGACAUUGAAGCAACGUUAGCAGAUGCAGUCCCAUGGUAGCCGGUGACCAACAAUAGGCUCAUAAACCAUUUGUCCCUUCAGGAUCCUGAAGCCCAUGUGCAUCACUGGUUUGGAAUCAGGGUUUUUUUAACUUCCCUAGGUGGAUCCUCCGUACCCACCAAACCGGUUAAAGCGCUGAACAUUCGCUUUUCGUCCUUUCAAUUUCGUAAACAACACCCUCGCCGAGAGAAGGCAGUGAUUAGGACUUUCCUGUUAGUGGCUGUAUACACAUGACCAUGUAAGGGCAUUUCGAAACUUUCCCCAUUCGGCCGUACCAGGGUAUUUAAGUACAUUUGUCCACCAUAUAUAAUGGUACAUAUGAGACAAUAGAAAAUAAACUCGAUCAUAUCAAGCUUUGUAUUAUGUGACUUGGGUCAGAAAAGGCCAUUGUAGUGCAGGGACAUUUAAUCCUUAUCUUUGUAUCUUGGAUCCUAGCACUUAUUUUUCAUCACUUUAUUUCACGUUUCAAAACAUUCUUUGAGUCUUUGGGCUCAAAGUAAAGCUAUAUUUCCUUGCUCAUAAUACCCAGUUUUUCUACAGAAAUUUAUUCUUUAUACUAGUGUAUUUUGGCGUCCAGGACUCGCUGGUAUGCUGGAAAUAUUGCACUCUUAAUCGGUUUAUGGAAGCUCUCUAUAGCGGUUUUCUCUUCUAGUAAAUCUUGUAGGACUUGGAGCUUUUUGCUGAGAUCUAUCGUGAAUUUGCCUUAGUACAUCUACUUUUGCAUGUGGCGCGUUUCCCUCUUCGUGACUGGAGUACAAUAACCGCUUUCCUAAAGUCCGUCUUUUUUGUCCAGCUUGGUCAGAGUCGUCUAUUCCAAAUACGGCCAGAUUUUAUUUUAAUUGUGCCAAUUCUUGAAGGGCCGUCAUGGCGCCCCACGAUUUUCGGACAUUUCAUAUAUUUAUUUUUAUUAUUUCCGUGGUUGUCAAAAGGGGAGUUGGGCUUGUGACUUCCGGAGAUUUCCGGCUUUCAGCAUAAGAGGGAUUAUAGUUUCUACAUAAAGCCCUUUCAACUCUCAGGGCAGAGUUAUAUUGUUCACCUCUGAUUAUCUUUUCCACAGAAGUCUCACAAAGUGAGUUUACUAACUCUAACCCAACCCUGCUUUACGCAGUCUUGGGAUGGGCAGUAAUCCUAAACAGUCCCCAGGCGACGUAUCUCACAUAUUAUUAAACUACCCAUUAUUACGUUGUUUAAUAUUGUCAAAGGAUCUGACUACUGGGGCUACUCACCAAGUGGCAAGUUGCGCGUCCUGGAAAAACACUAUAUUUGAACUGUUUUUGGGGUAAAUGAAUCACCCAGCCAGAGUUUAUGUUUAACUGUAUUAUCACCGUUCCUUAAUAAUGCUUCUCAUUUAAUAGACGAGUUCUCAAAAAUUUAUCAACAAACUAACUCGAAAUAGAUAUUGUAGGAUUUAAUUUGUCUUACAGAUAUUCUGCUAGAAUUGAAUACAGAAUUCAGCUUGUUGAUCUGGAACCUGGGCAUAUAAUGAUUCUUCCAUUCGGUUCUACAACACUUGAAAAAUUUCCCCGGUAUUGAUAGUAGUAUGGUGCCUCUGUAGUUCAUAUACUUCCUGAAAUCUCCAUGUUUUGGUAUCUUUAUGAGAUAUUCUUCCCAGUCUGUCGGCACUCAUUAUUCCUCCCAAAUCUUUCUAGAUAGAACGUUGAGCAUCUUUGCAGUUACUUAUAUGUCUGACUUUGGUGCCUCGGCUAGCAUAGUGUCAGGUCCUGCUGUUUUAACGCUUUUGAUUUGUCUGAUGACCAUCUUGGUUUCUUCUGUUGUUGAAGGUCUGUAGGUGCUGCUUCGAUAUCUGGUGUAUUUAAUGGGGCUCGCCUAUUCAAGUUUUUCGAAGUAUUAUACUACCCAUCUGUUCUCGAAUUGCGGUGAUUGUCUUGCCUUGUUUGUCCUCGAUCGAUCUCUCUGGUUUGCUAUAUUUCCCUGCUAGUUUCUUCAUUGUGUCAUGUAGUUGUUUCAUAUUUCCUUAUCUUGCAGCUAUUUCUGCUGUCGUUGCUAGGUCUUCCGCAUAUUUCUGGUUAUCGGCUCUAAUGCUCCUCUUCACUUCCUUGUUUGACUGCAGUGCUUCAGCUGGUAUGUUGUCUGGUCCUGCUUCUUUUCUACUCUUGAUAGAUGGUAAUAAAUAAAUCAUGUAGUCAUUUUGUCUACGUCAUUAGUCUUUCAUAUUAUUAACCUACAGUGACGGCUAUAGUGAUGUGCCUCCCACUCAUUAAUAUCGUUAGUUUGGAAUGUAUCUUGUUGGCUCUCGCAUUACUAUCCAAGUAACUACUGUAGUCGGCAAUUUAAACGCAUUAUAUACUUGUUAUUUAAGUGCUUUUCAAAAGCCAGGAUAAAUCCACUGGCUAUCUUGAAGCAGUUAGGUGUCUUCAAUUUUUUAUUAUUAGUUGCUAUACCACUAUGUUCUCCUAACUUACCUCAUAUCUGUGUCUAUUCUGAUUUAGGCCUUAGUGCGAUGCGAAGACAUGGAGAUCAAGACUUCUCGCCCCCGUCGAAGCGACACAGAGAUCGAUCAGGAUAUUCAGAGAGACAUCGAUCGGUAUCUCGAAGCUCUCCUAGUUCGAGGUCUAAGUAUUCUCUCUCAAAUAGACAUUCUUCAAGACCGAAGAAUUCGGAAGGAAGAACUCAUGGGUUAGAUCAUUCUAGAACUAUAUCUGUAAGAAACAUUUCAUCCAAGUUGAGUGCUGAUGUUGUUGAACAAUGUGUGUACCGGGAACUAGGAAAGUAUGGAGACCUUUCUAUCAAUGUUGGGCAUUUGGGUGGCGAACGCGUCGCUCUGGUUACAUAUCAGUAAGUUUUUCAGGUACACAUUAAUUAAUUCACAUAAACAAACAGUGUUUUUCUAAAUAUUAUUCUGAAUCUACAUUGUUUUUGACGGAAUUUUUUUCGUUUCUGUACUACUUCAGUAACACUGGUCCAAGGAGCCUUUUAUAACGUAGGUGUAUUGUUAAACUUUGUUCAAUCUUGGAUUAGCAAAAUUAAUUUAGUUUUAGGAUUAAACCACGAUGAGUUUGGUGAUAAACUUUGAGCUGAUUAAAUUUCUUAAAUCAAUUCAUUUGAAACUCAUUUAUGAAGAACAAUUUUAUUUGGCUUUAAGCCAUACUUUGCUAAAGCUAUAGUUAUACUACCUAGUUGUACAAAUCGAAGUAACUAAACUGAAGCUUGAACAAGUUUUUUAGUGGUUGAGAGUCAAACACCCUAAGCGUCAAGCUACCACUUUACAGAUUCCUUUUAAGAUACUUCGAUAGCUAAUCAAAGCAUGAUGCUUCUCCUGAAAUAACAAACACACAUCCAACUUCUUAUUUCAUGCAUGCCUUAUACGUGUUAAUAAACUUACUGUGUCAUUCAUUAGUGCGUAAUCAGGAUAGAGAUAGUUUGUCAUGAAAUGAGCUACUGUACAAUGAUUAUUCGACUCGUCAUUCGGAUUGAAUUAGCCAAGUGAAUAUCCCUUUGAUAAUACAAUUAGAUAAAGUAGUUGCAAAUCAGCUACUUUCCAGAUCUAUCCCGAUAUUUCAUUACUAGUUUGUUUUCUUUUACUUUUGUGACAAGCAAGACAGACUUAUUCAUAAGAGGAGAACUUCAAAAACACAUCAUUGCACCCAUGACUAAAAGAGCAAAUGAGGAGGAAAUAAAAUACAUACCUACACAAAAAUUAUGGGCUAAAAGCGAAAAAUAUCUAAACUUGGAAUGUUUAGUAUGUCGAAGAUAAAGAGUUAAGGUAUCCAGACCACUAUAAACGGUUUGCGGUUUGUCACCUAGGCUCUAAAACCACUAGUUCCUGUCACCCCUCUUAAAUUUGAGAGCGAGACAGUGAUUUCACAGGUCGCCACCCUGUCUUGUUCUGCCCACUUUUAAUCCUUUUCCAAUGAUUCUACUUCAACCAACAUCGCUUGUAGUAGACUGAGCCGGUGUACGUAAAAUGCUUUAUUAGUCAGCCAUAAGGUUGUUCAUCUCGACCACGCUUUAGCUACUUUAAUUUAGACAGCCAGGUAUUAUCGGUAUUCGCCACACAGGAAGUGUGAUUUGAAAAUAAGUAUAUAAACCUGUACUUGAUUAAAAAUGUAACCUACUGGAUAUCAAUACAAGUCAGAUUUGAAGAGUUGAAUAACUAGUGUAAGUACUUUUAAAAUUAUAGGAUAAUUCCACUGGUCGUACUACAGUUACGACUGCAAACAAUCAUGGUACGAAGCUUCGGAACAAUCGUUUGCUAAAUAAGCCAUAAUUAUAAAAGAUAAUGUAUGUAAUGCCUGAAGGCUUAAAAUUCAGUAAGGCGUGUGUUAACUAAUCAUACAUGUUGUCUUUACGAGUCACAAAUGGACUGAUGUGAAUAAGGAUUUCAAGAAUUUAAUACGCGAUUCUCGGCACAAAACUCGAAGUAUAAAUUGAACUUAUGCAUAACAUAAAUUACGCUUCAUAUAACGUCCCAGAAUAGAUAUAAUUACUUGUUAUUAGUUUAUCGCUAUGAAAACUGUUAUCACUAUUUUCCAGUGUCAUGUAUUAUUAACUUUUAUCUUCAGAUAUUCUGAAGACGCACAAGAAGCUCUUUGUGAUAGCCCAAUAAUUUACAUACUUGAUCGUCCUGCAAAUGUUACCUCAUUAAUUGAUAUUUCUAGUGAAGGUGAUACGCGUAAAGUAAUUGCCAGCAAAAAACGUCAAGAAGGGAUGGAAGCCGAAGAUAUUAAUGACCGGCGACAUCUUAUGCACAAUAUUCCCGGCAAAGUCCAUCAGGUACUACAAGCCUACUUGGUAUGCCUGGAAUGACAUCUUCUGCCAUGAUGGCUGCUGCUGCAAAGGCUCUUGGUCUGAAUGCUGUCCCUGGGGUGUUGCCACCUGCACAGUUAAAUGCAAUCACUUCUCACAAUCGCUUUGGCUCUGCAAGCCUUCGACACUAUGAACAUAACAGAAGUGGAUUCUCUCCUGGAGCAUCUGAUUCAGAAAAGGAGUCGAAAGCCACAAGGACUUUGUUUGUUGGAAGUUUAGAACCAGACAUAACGGAAAAAGAGGUACUCUCAGCUUUUGAGAGGUAUGGUUAUGUUGAACAAAUUGAUAUUAAGCGUUCUCCGAAACCUGGUGCCCAUUCUUAUGCAUUUGUACGCUUUCAGAAUGUUGAUAUGGCCAGUCGUGCAAAAAUGUCCAUGUCUGGUCGUUUUAUUAGAUCCUUACAUUGCAAGAUAGGCUAUGGUAAAGCGAUCCCAUCGCACUGUCUGUAUAUUGGUGGAUUAGAAUCUUGGGCUUCCGCUGAUUCACUGCAGCGUAUGCUUUCUCGUUUUGGACAACUAACUUAUCUUGACUGGUCUCCUAGACGUAAAUAUGCAAUCGCCAUUUAUGACAGCUGUGAAUCAGCACUCGAAGCUAAUAGACAAUUAAAAAGUCUCUCAGCAACCAGUCGUCCAAAUUUAAGACUUCGUGUAGAUUUUAUAAACCCGGAAUUAAUCCAGCCAAAGCCACAGAUUUUAAACAAGACGGACUCUAACAUGGAAAGUGACAGUCAGGACAAUCAAAUGUCAGAAUCACGAAAUGCUAUAAUUAGGUCUGAUACUGGAAUUCCUGUAACUGCAAAUAACUAUCGUAUUCGAACAAAUGAACAUUUUGAUGGAGGGCCGUACACGAUGAACCAGUAUUGCAUAGAGGAUCACGCCGGUGAUAAAAAUCUCACUAAUGUACGACACUUACCUUAUGCAAAACCAUCUUUUCAUAUAUCUAAUCGGUAUCACACAUAUAAUCGGAACACACCUCGCUACUCGGACAACCACGGUAUACUCAAUCCAGUAGAAGAUAUUCCAUGUAACCUGAAAUCAAUCGUCACUCUCCAAGAACUAGACCAGCAUCUACAACCGGAUUUAUGGAAAGGAAAGUUCUUAUUAAAAAAUAACCAUUUUUAUUUUCGUUGUUUGAUGUUAAUAGGUAAUAAAGAUAUCAGUCAAGACUUACUGGAUUAUAGAGACAAUAACAGUAAUUCCGAACGACUAUGUAGUCCGACUUUACGUAUUUCACGCCGAGGCACUCUUGAUGCUUCAUGGAUGGCUGAAGCCACGCAUCGUAUUCAUAAUGUACUAUCUACAGUUCGUCAUAAUUUAUGCCUCAUGCUAAUAUUACCCGAUAUGGAGCAAACUAAUAAGUAUCUGGACAAGGAAUCUAAACUGAAUAAUCAGUCGAAUACUGAAAGUACGGAUGUAAAAACAACAAUAAGUCAUUGUUUUUCACUACACGCUUUAAUUGCUUAUUUAAAAUUAAAACAAUCAGCUGGUAUAAUCUGUCCAAAUGAAGAAAAAGUACUACAAGAAUCACUGAAUACUAGUUCCGAGAAAACAACUACAACACGACGUUCAUCUUUGAUAGUAUAUUUAUUUGCACCAAGCAGUUUUGCAUUAAGUUUAUUAAAACAAGCGGCACCUUGCUUAAGUUCAGACUUGGCAACAACAAGUGAUUAUAUGGUUCUUUUAGCAUUAAAGCGGUAAUAUAAAAAAACCCCUUUGGUCUAGGCAAAAAACAACACACUUUGAUUUCUUAUUUUCUUUAUUUUGUACAAAUUUAUAUGUAUGUAAGCAUUUUUCUUUAAUUCACUUGUUUAUUUAUAUUGUUAUUCAGUUCGAAAUUAAAACAAAUCGUUUCUGUGAAUCAUAAUCCUAUAAUGUUGUAUAUGUAACAAUUUGGUAUGUUGUUUUGUCUUUUUCGGUUAAAACCAAAUCGAAAUUAACGCUUAAAUAUUGGUGUUCAAAAUUCUUUAUAACAACUUUAAUAAAAAGAAUUAAAGUUUUGACAAACGUACACAACUUUAAAUUUUAAUAACCGAUAUUUAAACAAUAUUUGCAAGGUUGUUUCAUUUAUGUUAUAAAAUAUGUAAAAUAAAAUGGUGUACAAGUAAAA